AUGAAUCGUUUGCCAUAUGUGUGCGACUCUUGCACGGCGCAAGUCGCCCGGGUCUCGCCUCGUCGCCCUCAGAGUCAACUAUCACGCUUGACACCACUCCGCCGGCAUUACAGCGUCCAGACUGCUCGCCCGUUUCGCAUUGCCAUUGUGGGUUCGGGUCCGGCGGGUUUCUAUGCGGCGCAUCGAUUGCUAGCUAAAGCUGAAGAUGCGGUGGUGGAUAUGUAUGAGAAGCUACCGGUGCCGUUCGGGUUGGCGCGGUACGGUGUAGCUCCAGACCACCCGGAGGUCAAGAACUGCGAGGAAAAGUUCACAGAAGUAGCCGGAUCUCCCCGUUUCAACUUCAUCGGCAAUAUCGAAUUGGGAGAGAGUCUUCCCCUCCGAGUUUUGAAACCCCACUACGAUGCCAUUCUGUUCUCCUACGGAGCACCAAAGGACAAAGAGCUAGGGAUCCCAGGCGAAAAGGCCAUUCGAAAUGUAUACUCGGCCCGUGAAUUCGUGGGAUGGUACAACGGCCUUCCGGAACACCGUGAUCUAGCACCAGAUCUGACCGCUGGGGAGGACGCUGUGAUCAUUGGACAAGGAAAUGUGGCAUUGGAUGUCGCACGCAUAUUGCUUUCGGAUAUUAAUGAAUUACGCAAGACCGACAUUGCCGAAUAUGCAGUGGAGGAAUUACUGAAAAGCAAGAUUAAACGAGUGCGCGUGGUUGGCCGUCGAGGGCCGAUGCAGGCAUCCUUCACAAUCAAGGAACUUCGCGAACUCCUUCAACUUCCAUCCGUCUCCUUCGACCCGGUCCCGAAAGACCUCUUCCCCUCAAACAACAUCAUCUCAUCCCUCCCACGCGCCCAAAAACGCCUCAUUCAACUCCUCGAAAAAGGCUCAACCAACGACCCCUCAACAUCCUCCAAAUCCUGGUCCCUGGACUUCCUUCUCUCCCCCGAAUGCCUAAACUGGUCGCCCAUCUACCCCUACCGCCUCUCGCACGUCAAAUUCUCCCGCAACGUACUCGACCCCUCAGACCCGCACUCCUCAAGCGCAAAAGUAUCACCCAAGUACCUCUCCAGUGGCAACCGCGCACAGGUCAACAUCCCCGCAAACACAUUCUUCCGCAGCGUUGGCUACAAAUCGCUGCCGUUGCCCGGGCUGGAGGAGGACCUAGGCGUUCAAUUCGAUGAGCAGCGCGGCGUAAUACCGAACGAUGGAUUCGGGCGGAUAACAACGCCCAAGGACACGGGCGAUACGCAGCGUCUUCCGGAUGGCUCGCUCCUCUCGCAUCUUCCAGGGCUUUAUUGCGCGGGGUGGGUGAAGCGUGGUCCGACGGGGGUUAUUGCGACUACGAUGACGGAUGCGUUUAGUACUGCUGAUACCAUCGUGGCUGAUAUGGGUAGUCAGCGCCAGCAUGCACUACUGAACUCGCCGGGUCGGAGCACUGGAUUGGGCUGGGAGGGGGUGCAGGCGGAAGCUAGAGAACGGGGGUUGCAGACGACGAGCUGGAGUGACUGGGAGAUGAUUGAUGCUGUGGAACGGAAAAUGGGGAAGGAGAAAGGGAAGCUGAGGGAGAAGUUUGGUCGUGUCGAGGAGAUGUUGGAGGUUGUUUCGUGA